AAUUUAUCGAUUAAUUUUUUUCAGUAGAAAAGAUUUAAAAAUUUCGUGAAGCUGUAUUUGAAUGGUGACCAUCAAGGUGAUUUUUUUUAUUGGCAUGUGGAGAAGGUCUUGUUUAAAGUAUUAACGUUGUCCGAACGGUAAGAGGUAAGUUUUGAAGCGAGAUUAUUUUCAAAGUGAUGAUUAUUUUUUUCUUGAAAAAUCAAGCUUCUCUCGCUUCGUCGCAGAAUGGAAAACAAUUCUUUGUCUCCCCUGUGCCCCUCAUUGGCUCCGGUGUCACCGUCACGAGUGUUUUCGGUCGCAUGCUGCCGGGAAAUUCAGAGAAAUCGCGGGGUUCGGUUUAAUUUCGGAUCGGAGGAUCAGUGAACUUUCCGAAAGACGUAGUUGUAGACAACGGGACAACGGAGUUGUUGCUCCGCUAUUACAUAUGUAUCCGGUGGGACGAGAAAGAGAGGAAGAUGGAGAAGGAAUCUCUUUGUGCAUGCCGCCACGUGUCGCGGAUAUUUACAGGGCGGUGCGCAUUGUAUAGGAUUAUUAUUGUGCUGAACGAUUAUAGGCUAUUGAUAACUUUUCUCCGAACGGUCACAGAGAUGUGUCGUUUGAGCUUAAUGCACAAUGCAAAACAGAAGCGAUAGGAACAGAGAAUAAGAAAUCGUUCAAUACAUGUUGAAUAAAGAAAGCGUAUAAAAUAUUUCUUAUUCAACAUAUUGAGUUAUAGCUUAUAUUCUUUGUUUUCUAUUUCUUAUUUUUUUUUCGUUCAUUGUACCCGAAGCUUUAGGAUCAUCGCUGCACCGAGUGUGAUUCUCGGAGUAUCCCGGGUAUUUGGAGAAAGAUGAAAAGUAUUCGUUAUCUACAAACUUGUCGAAAAUUGUUACAUAUUAAAAUUAAAUAAUUAUUAACUAUAUUUUAUUUUAAUACUCAAAUCAAUAAUCUCUAUAAUGUCACUGUUGUUGAUAAAUUUCCGCAUAAAGAAUCAUUUGAAUUAUAACGCAUUUUGUUAAUGUUACAGUGUCGUUGUUUGUGUAAACAGAUUCCUUGGAUGGCGCCAAUCAUACGCGGUGUAUCCGAAACACAGAUCUAAAUUUCAUCGACGAAAACACAUACACAAUACAGUUCGUCCAAUGAUAGGAUCCUUCGCUCAAUGAAAUAGCCUCCUUUUUUUCAAAUGUACGAGUUUCGGCAAAUAUGUUUUUACCACGCGGAUUGUGCCAAGUCAAACCACAAAAUAUUUUCAAAACAAACGCACGUGAGCGAGGAGCAGGGCAUCCUCGGAGUCCGCCUUACGAAGAAGGGCUCGCGGCGCAACGACGUGAUCCGCGGUGGUUCCGUCUGUCGGAUGAUCAGAGAAAAAAGCUCGCGCGCGAAGCAAAGGAUGGCUGCGCUUACGCGUCCUCUCGUCUACGCGCUAAAAGACAAAAAUUGCGUAGCAGCCAAAAGACACAUGCGCGAACUCCUGAGUGCGUACCCCCUUUGUGUUAUUUUCGGGCGGCGAGUCGCGCGGCUUCGCCGGAGGCUUUAAAUAGGACCGGGUCGUCCAAAGAAGAAGGCAGUUCUCACGACACCGUUCCUACAUGCUGGAGCACCGGACCAUUUUUGACAUUUAUCGGAUUUCCGUGCUCGUCGUGUAAGGCAAAUCAGACUCGAUCUUAAAAUGCCGACCGAGUGCAUCGCCAACCCGUUGCAGCGGGAACUGGCCGACUCGAUAAUACGGCUGCAGCCACUCGACGAGAUCCGCAUCCUCCUCGCUUGCGGUGCCAAGCCGAACGAACCGGUCACCCAGGGCCUUAGGCCCCUGCACUACGCUGUCUGGCAGCGGUACACUGAGGCCGCUCAGCUGUUGCUGGUGCGCGGCGCCGACAUCGACGCCACCGACGAGUGCGGCUACUCGGCCCUGCAUCUCGCCGCCGAGCACGGCUACCUGGACCUGGUGAAGUUGCUGCUGAAGUAUGGCGCCAAGGUGGAUCAUCGGCAGGACACGGGGGAACUUUUCCCCAGGACUAUGUUGUGCGAUGAGCCGCUACGCCUGGCCCUACGGAACCGUCACGUCGAGGUCGCGAGGAUCCUGCUCGAGGCCGGCGCUAAUCCGAACAAGAGGUACUUCUUUGGCUCCGAGAUCAAUCUGGUAUCGCCCUUGGACCUGGAAUGUAUGGAGCUGCUGUUAGCCUUCGGCGCCCAUCCGAACACACGGGAUCGUGCCGGUCUGACGCCUCUCAUGAAGGCCGCCAGACUACCGCAGGGUAUAGCCUCGGUGCUCCUGCUGCUGAGUUACGGCGCGGACGUAAACGCGACGGCGGACGCCAGGCACGACUACCGGACGGUGCUGCACUACGCGAUUCUCGGCGGCGACCCGGCUGUGAUUAAUCUGCUGCUGAAGCAAGGCGCCCGACUGGAUCUCGGGCCGGACUAUCAGAAACCGACAGCCCUAGAUCUGGCCAUACUCAAGGGUGACCCGUCGAUCGUCGAGAUGCUGCUCGAAGCGGGCGCAGACGUGAACGCCUCGUCGCCAAUCAUCGGCUCGCCGCUACACGUGGCGUGCGCGGACAACAUCCCGAACCGGCUGGAGAUCCUGUGCAUGCUGCUGGAGCGCGGUGCCGAUCCCAACCUGGUGAUACGUAGCGAUGACGGACCGGCGCUGCGACCGGUGCUCGCCGAGUACGUCGCCUCGAACGAGAACCCGUCGGUGGAGAUAGUGGCACUGCUGCUGAAGUACGGCGCCCGGGUGGUGAUCAAGACGCAAUUCCGCGAUCCGCACGGCAUCCUUAACUCCCUGCAGAACACGGCCGACAAGCCGCGGCUGCUGCGCGCACUGUUGGAGGCGGCGGAGAGCUUCGAUCCUUGCAUGAUACGACGGUCCAGCAGUCUGACGGACGCGCAAAAGGCCCUGGUGAUGGAGGCGGCCAGGACCCCGUUGCCGUUGACUCAUCAGGCGAGACUGAUAGUUCGCAAGCUCUGCGGCACCAAGCUACCGAAGAUCGUCAGGAAGCUGCAGGUGCCGCAGUCGUUGCAUCGUUAUCUCCUCUACGACUACUACUAGCCAGCAGAUCAUUCAGGAUCGAAACGUUUGUCAGGAUGGAUGAUAUUUGUUGGAGCCCUUCCUUAAAUUUCCGAUUGCUGGUGAUGCGGAAGACAAAAAGUAUUUGCGCACUACUGUGAGUCUACGUCAAUUCAAUGAGUACAAUAACGAGGCUGUCGAGGCGUCGACCUCUUGUUUCUAUUUAGUAUUCUUCUUUUACACGGCGCAUAUAAAGUGAUAUAAUUCUUAGACAGCAGUAUAUAUGUAUACGUAUAUAUAUAUUUUACUUGUACUUAUUACGAUUCUAGUUACCAAAUGUUUUGUAUGUAUUUUCUCUCUACUUCGUAUGUUGAGAAGAACGUUCGCGAUCAGAAAAGCGAUACAGGAUUCUUGUUGCUCAAACGCAUGAAUAACCGGGAUUAUAACUGUAUGUUCAUCGUAAAGUACUCUGGAAUCAAUAUAUUGCAUACAGAAUUUCGGAGUUAUACAGCGAAGUUACAUAGGUUCGUCGCCCCGCGUUUGUCACUGGGCAAACAGCCGGAGUAGAUCUCUUCCAAUGGUCGCGAGAAGCCGCGAAGUGAUCGACUUUUUUGUACCUUUGUAUAUACGACGAUAUAUACGCUCAAUGUACAAUGAAGAGAAAUAAAGGAGAAUGAAAUUGGGACGCUA